AUGACCACGUAUGAGAUCCCCUCUGCUACUCGCCUCACUUACACCCCUGCUCACACAAAACCCCUCAGUCUGGCAGCGGACAUGUCUUUCGACUUCAUCUUCCCCUCGUGCGAGCCGUCAACGCCGCCAAGCUUCUCCUUCGACCCUUCUCUCCUCGACCUGCCCUACCAACACAACCCGGGCCAUAGCCGUAGCCGCUCCAAUGGCUCCGCCUACUCCUUCGUCUCCGCUGCCGAGUCCACCCCGGAUUCGGUGAGCACCCGCAUGACCACGCCCUCCCGGGCCUCGCCUCCCAUCCGCCAACAUGGUCCCCUCCUGCUCCCCAAGAUCCGCUCCCAGGAUCAGGCUAUUGAGUCGCCCCCCAAGCGCAUCAAGACCUCGCCCAAGUCCCGUGCCCCGACUCCCCGCCGGGCUACACCCUCCGCCCCCGCCACCAAUGCUGUCUUCCGCCCGGCUCACUCCCGCAGCUUCACCAACCCGGAGACCAUCACAUGGAACAUGCCUUCCUCCUUCUGUAGCCAGCCCGAGGAGCAGUCCACCUCGUCCCUGCUCUGCUCGCCCGUCAUCUUCGCCGAUGACAUGCAGUCCCGCCGCGAAUCCACUUGCAGCCUCGACGGCUCUGCUCUCGAGAAGUUCGGCUUCCCGACCUACCGGCAGAUGCCCUCAUACGUUCCCUCUGCUACACCGCAACCUACCGCGGAGGCAUACAUGUAUCCUUCCUACACCCCGCGCGCGCCUUCUCCCCUUAGCUUAUCCACCACGGCCACCCCGGACCCAACUCCCAGCACGACGCUUCUGACCUAUCUCACCGAGUCCAACCCGGCUCCUUCGUUGGUCCGCACCAUCUCCUUCCCUCUGCGGGACCCCAACACUAAACACUUUUGGUGGGACGUUCGUCAAAUUCGCCCCUGGACCACUUUCAACGUCUCCUCCAUUCUCUCUCUCUCCGGCGCUGCUGCUCUCCUCAACUGCCCCGUUCCGGCGCCUCUUCUUCCCACCCCGGCACAGACGGCACGUCAUCCGGAGACCGAGGCAGCCCUGCACAGCAUCUACGCCUCGCACUACCUUCCCAAGCUCAACGCCGCCCUCGCCAUCUCUUCCAACCGGCCCAUGCAGCUCUCCGUCCCUGCCGCUCCCGCCAACAGCUCCAAAUGCUCCGACCUCCUCUUCACCGCCACCCCUGCGGGGGAACCCGCCUCGGCGGCCCAGAUCUUUGGCGGCAAGCCCACCGCCCGCGUUGUCGGUCUCGUCCGCUCCUUCGAUCGUUUUAACACGGGCAUGCGCGUUGAGGGCAACAUCAAGCGCGUUGAGUACCUCCGCGGCCUCGCCGCCCUUCACCAUGCCAUGCGCGAGCACUCGUGCCGCUAUGGCUUCAUCCUGACCGAGAUCGAGCUUGUCAUCGUCCGCAACGGGCCCGAGACGGUCCCUAACUUUGGCUUUCUCGAGGUCACCUCCGUGCAGCUAGGCGCUGCUGCCGACGACGCCGACUGCGAGGUUGGCGAGAUCCCGAUGACGGCGUGUCUCGCACUCUGGGGCCUCUGCAUGAUGGCCGGUGACGACGCGCCGCAGGGGGGCCGCGUCGCGCACUGGAAGGCAGAGAUUGGCGCGCCCGCCGAGGGCACCAGGCGCAAGGCGCUGCCCAGGGACGACUGGAUGCCCAAGCCGCAGCUGGCGGAGAAGCGAGAGGCCAAGAGGGCGAGGGGGUGGAUCAUGCCCGAGGACCCCGUUGGCAGGAAGGAGUUGGGCAAGAGGGGUGUGCGCUACGGUGCUUGCUGA